AUGGACGAGCGGCUACAGUCAGCAAAUAUACCGCAUGGGGAGAAACAUGACGUUACUAUUUCGUCCGAGACGGAAGUGACAAGUCUGGUCGUGGGCCCAUGUGGAAGCUGGAAUCCCUCCUAUCUGACCGGUUGCCGUGAUCUUGAUGAACGUGUCUUCUUGGGGCCGGCCGGCGGCCUAUCUGGUGGCGUUGUUGGAAUCAGCGCUGAUGGAGACAUUGGGUUGGUGAUCAUAGUUCGGCACCUGCAUGCCCAAGCUGCAGCCACGGUGCGUCUGGUGACGACGCAUCCGGUAGCCCAUGUCGUGCGUUUACUGAAGGGCGUGCUGGCUGUCGGCGACGUUGCCGACAAGGCCAUGCACUCGCGCCUGCUGCGACGAGUCUUGAUAUCUCGCAUCUACGCCCCGGACGACCUGUGGACUGUUCUGGAGGAGAUUGAGUCUGCCGUCCCCUUCCGACGACUAUGGUCGGCAACUAUGGCUGAUGGUGGCUCUCGAAAUGAUGGCAGCAGUGACAAUGUCCCAGAUGGCAAGGCGCUACCUGUAAACACUGGUCUGCCUCUAGUUGUCAUCACAGAGAUUGACCACCAUUUCAAAUGGAUGCGCCUGCAGGGUCCUCGUGGCCUGCGGCUGCACGAGCUGUAUGGACAGCUGAUGCGGCGACUUCGCGCGCUGGCCUCUGAAAAGCCGGCGUCCGGUUCUGCCCGACCACUCAUAUUGAUACUCAACAGCACGGUGGUACAGAAGCCUUGGGUAGAGCCUGCGAGUGUUCUCACCGGCGAGGCAGCUGGAGGGACUGCCGAGGAGGAUCAUGGCGGCGAUGGGGACGGUAUCCAGAACACUUCUGUCUCGAUUGAAGCUGAUGAAAACUAUGAAAUUGCCGUCUCUUUACUGCGACAGCGAAAGUUACAGCCCCUCAAUGAGACUUCCGAUGAAAAAAGCAACAUCGUACGAAGAUGCUAUCGCGAGAUCAGCAAAACUCAGAAAAUCGUACCCCGAUAUAAAAGCUUUAUGGACUAUAUGUGCAAUCUGCACGUGUGCUUUACACGAGCACCGCCUGAUGUUGACGGCCUCUGGGAAUGGGAAUGCAGCAGUAGCAGGGACACUGGUCAGGAUUCAGCUCUUGGCCAAGCUCUGUGGGUGGUGACGGUUGAGCAUGACGAGGCUGAAAUAUUCAAAAGCGACAACGAGCGGUUUGGCCUUGUGCAGUUUUCACAUGGGGCACUUCAAGACGUCUUUCCAGCUUCAAAAUGGAUGCCGAUUGCCGGCGGUUGCUAG